AUGACGCGCACCAACGAUACCGUCAGUGCCUCCUGGGACGCAAAGAGCAUCGUCACCGACGACGCGGUCGGCCACGAGCGGCCGCGAGGACGCAUUCGUCGGUCCAUGACGGCGUGCAAUACGUGUCGCAAGCUCAAAACACGCUGCGAUUUGGAUCCUCGUGGUCAUGCGUGUCGUCGUUGCCUGUCGCUAAGACUGGAAUGUGAAUUGCCGGAAACACCGGAUCGGUUCCAGGACAAUGCGUCGACGUGGUCGGACGCUAAUUCCUCGAUUCCCUCUAUCGAAGAGCGCCUGCUGCACCUAGAACGCGGCAUGGGCGAAAUGAUCCAUUUAAUGCGGCAGAUGGUAAAUCACACAUCUACCAUCGCGGGCAGUGGGAGCCCUCGCUCUCAGGUCUCGAGAAGUGUUGAUGAGUCGGCUGGUGAAAACGGGGCAUUGCCGCCGUUUACGCUCAAGCCUGUGCAGUUGAUCCGAAAUCUCCAGGUGGAAUGUUUCAAUGGACGAGAUAAUCUCACUCCUGAUACCGACCUGCUUGGUGAUGUGGUUUCACUCGGAAUUAUUGACGCAAAGCUUUCCUACAAAUUGAUUGAACUAUUCAUUGAAUACUACAGCCCCUGGAUGACAAUAGAAUCCACCACAAUCCAGCGAACAGAUACGCUACUUUUCAACACAGCCUGUCUGUUAGCAUCACGGUACCUCCCCGGCAUGCCGGCGAGUACUACCCACGACAUCUCAUUGCAGGUCCAGCACGCCGUGACAAAAGCAAUGUGGAGAAAAUCUCCCUUAACGAACGACGUUCUCCAGGCACUUGCAUUGCUAUGUCUGUACCCGACGUCUGGUCACAAGGACGGCUUCAUCGACGGCUGGUUAUUGAGCGGGAUCUCAAUGAACCACGCCUUGAUUUCUUUUAAUUUCUUCAGCACUCUUUCGAAUAAAAGUGCUUUGACUGAUGAAAUGCUUGCGCAAAUGCGGCUUUGGAAUACUUUCUGUUUAACUCAUUUACAUUCUGCACUUGGAUACGGCCGCACCGUAAACGUCCAACCAACCUACUUCGACCACUGCACCCGAAUCCUCGACCACCCCCACGCAACCUCCGACGACGGCCGCAUCGUCGCAGAGAUCCAACUAUACCGCAUCACCCUCCGUCUCCAAAACACACCGCACCGCCUCCGAUCCGCAGAAACAGAGUACGAGGAGAUCGAGCGAUGGAAAAUGGAUUGGGCGCAUUUAUUCUCAAACGAAGGAAAAUCAACCCUUGAACUAAGCAUCUAUUUCACCCACCUAAUUUUGCACCGCACAACCGCCCGCCUACACUCCGAGUGCGACCGCCUAAUAACAACCAUAACAACUAACGCCCGCUCAAUCAUCACCCGCGCCCUCCAAACCCGCUUCGCAGCAGCACCAGGCCUAAUAGAUAAUGUCUACUAUAUCCUCGGCUAUGCCGCACUUACGCUGUGCGACUACACCCCCUCCGACCCUCUCAUUGACCAGGUUCGCACUUUCCUCCUACAUCUUGCGCCGAGCAGUGACCACCUUGCCUACCGCAUUGCUUGUAUUGUCGAGGUACAGAGGCGCGCUGUGAACGAGCAAGCUUCGCCGCCUGCUAGUGCGAAUGCAAUGUUUGUGCCCUCCCAGCCUCGCUCAGAGAAUAUCGAUAUUUCUCAGCUUAUUCCUGGUGCGAUUGAGGGACUGGUUGAGGUUGAUGACUAUGCGGUUUAUGAUCAGCUUAUGCAGCCGGGCUAUGUUCCGCCGCAGCAGGCUUUUUCUGCGCCCGCAGUUUUUCAGCAUCCCGGUCCUGUGGUGGGUGGGUCGAUGCCUAUGGGGCUUGUGCCGAGGGCUUUGCAUGAUUUUUGA